UGUUCUCGUCGGAUCUUACAGGAUGAAAAAGCUUUUCGCCAUUUUGUCACACCACCACUCACCAGUGGUGCUCGUAGGGUGGUUGGAAUUUUUGUGCGUUUUUAUUGACUCAUGGACUAUUUGUGAUCAGAUUUGGAGAACAAUGGAUACAUGAGGAGUAGGCCUAACUUGAGAUUCCAGGUGGAAUCCAAGAACUCAAGACUGUACUUCCUCCUCAUAUAGCUGCUGUCACUGGAACGAUACUGAUUACCCCGAGCACGAGGAUUCAAAUAGGAUCUGAAGCUCCCAAGAACAGUCCACGAUGCCAGCCACACGGCUCCAACUUGCUCCGUUCGAUGCAGCAGCAUUCGGUUAUUUUUUGCUAAUCAGAUUCCUCCUGUCAUUCUGUGAACUGGAGUACAUAUAAAGUACAAAAAUUACAUGGAUAUCCUAAUCUUCGCCUCGGCUAUAGGAAACAAAGAGGUGGUGGAUCUAUUGAUUAAAGCGGGGGCGGAUAUAGAAUGUAAAGACAAUCGCAGGAAUACUCCAAUCAUCAUCGCCUCGAUUAAAGGACACCAAGAGGUGGUGGAUCUAUUGAUUAAAGCGGGGGCGAAUAUAGAAUGUAAAGACAAUGACGGGGAUACUCCAAUCAUCAUCGCCUCGACUAAUGGACACCAAGAGGUGGUGGAUCUAUUGAUUAAAGCGGGGGCGAAUAUAGAAUGUAUAGACAAUGACGGAGAUACUCCAAUCAUCAUCGCCUCGAUUAAUGGACACCAAGAGGUGGUGGAUAUGUUGAUUAAAGCGGGGGCGAAUAUAGAAUGUAAAGGCAUUGGCGGGAAUACUCCAAUCAUCAUCUCCUCGAUUAAAGGACACCAAGAGGUGGUGGAUCUAUUGAUUAAAGCGGGGGCGAAUAUAGAAUGGAAAGACAAUGGUGGGAAUACUCCAAUCAUCUUCGCCUCGAUUGAAGGACACCAAGAGGUGGUGGAUCUAUUGAUUAAAGCGGGGGCGAAUAUAGAACAUACCAACAAUGAGGGAAGAACUCCGUUUGGUUGUGUUUCGAUUGAAGGACACAAAGAGGUGGUGGAUCUAUUGAUUAAAGCGGGGGCGAAUAUAGAAUGUAUAGACAAUGGGGGGAAUACUCCAAUCAUCAUCGCCUCGACUAAUGGACACCAAGAGGUGGUGGAUCUAUUGAUUAAAGCGGGGGCGAAUAUAGAAUGGAAAGACAAUGGUGGGAAUACUCCAAUCAUCUUCGCCUCGAUUAAAGGACACCAAGAGGUGGUGGAUCUAUUGAUUAAAGCGGGGGCGAAUAUAGAAUGUAAAGACAAUGGCGGGAAUACUCCAAUCAUCAUCGCCUCGAUUAAUGGACACCAAGAGGUGGUGGAUCUAUUGAUUAAAGCGGGGACGAAUAUAGAAUGUAAAGACAAUGGCGGGAAUACUCCAAUCAUCUUCGCCUCGAUUAAAGGACACCAAGAGGUGGUGGAUCUGUUGAUUAAAGCGGGGGCGAAUAUAGAAUGGAAAGACAAUGGUGGGAAUACUCCAAUCAUCUUCGCCUCGAUUAAAGGACACCAAGAGGUGGUGGAUCUAUUGAUUAAAGCGGGGGCGAAUAUAGAAUGUAAAAGCAUUGGCGGGAAUACUCCAAUCAUCAUCUCCUCGAUUAAAGGACACAAGGAGGUGGUGGAUCUAUUGAUUAAAGCGGGGGCGAAUAUAGAAUGUAAAGACAAUGACGGGCAUACUCCAAUCGUCAUCUCCUCGAUUAAAGGACACAAGGAGGUGGUGGAUCUAUUGAUUAAAGCGGGGGCGAAUAUAGAACAUACCAACAAUGAGGGAAGAACCCGUUUGGUUGUGUUUCGAUUGAAGGACACAAAGAGGUGGUGGAUCUAUUGA